UUCCCCAUACCCCUCUCUGCACUGCCCAGAUGCUGGCUUGGUGCCAAAGAGGCACCAAACAGCCAUGCUAUGCCUCAGCAUCUCUCUUCCCACAGAAACAGGAGCAACACAGGCUCUGCUACUGCAGUCUCCCUAUCCUCCCUCCAGGUCCCAACCAUCCUUCACAGCAGCAGAGCAAGAAUUCCACCUGUAUGCAGUCAGCAUCUACUGGAGGAAAGGGACACCAUGAAUGAAAAUUGACAGCAAAAGGGGCUGGCAGGAGGAUGGACCCCAACUGCCAUUUUAAACAACAGCCUUCAAUAUAGAGCAAAAUCCUCAAAAGGCAACUGCUGUGUAUCCUCCCACUUAUCCCAAUCAUUUGGGACAUGGAAAGGGGACACACACCACACCUCCUUGUUAGUGCUUACAGACAUUUCUCCAGAAGUGUUAAUAUCAUGGGAGCUGGCAGUAUUACUGGUAUUAUGGAAGAUCAAAAUGAUAAUCAGUUGUCACCAGUUCAGAAGCACUCCAACGUGGUGAUCUUAACAGACCCUUCAUGAAGCCAUGAUUCUCUUCCCAAGCUGAUUAUGCCACAUAGCCCUGCUCAAUGAAGAGCAGUACUGAGACACAGUCUCCCAGAGCAAGACAGGCAACUACAAAGUCAUCCAAACAUCAGUAUCACAAGCACCUCACAUUUAAACUUCAGUGCACUGAUGCAGAUCUUCAAUGCAGGUAGGUUCCACAGAUCUCAUCUUCCUGCAGAAACCAAGACCCACUCUUAAGCCCACACAGUGCAAGCAGAAGGCUAAAAGGAGCUGCUAGCUCCACCUCUGGAAGGAAUUGCUGGAGGAAUGGCACCAAAUUCCCACGUGCCUCCCUGACAUGGAAGGCUGCCUCCACAGCUGCAAAUCCAAACAGGCUCUGAGAGCCUCCAUUGCUCAGCAGCUGUACUGGCUAUUUUCUGCCGAACCAGGGCCUCAGUAUUUUCAGCCAGAGAAGAGCUGCCUUGAACUCACACACACCCAAGGGCCUGUGUAUAAACUGAACAUUGUGAACCACUAGUGGCAUUUUUCUCUGCUAUGUAUAACUAGGAAGAAUGGGAUUUUAAUAGAUUUAUUCUCAACCUACUUUAAACUCACAAAGAUAUGAGGCCUUAUGUCAUCAUUAUAGUUACUACAUGUGAUCCUGUGUGUGUUAUGAAGAAGCAAGCUAGAAAUGAGUACUGGAUGAACCAAAAGCUUGCAACUCCUCUGCCAAAGCAAAGUCUGUCACAAGUUGCUAAAUACAUAACCACGCAAGUUAAAGAGUCCCACACACUGAUAAGUCAGUAUUUCAUGGCGAUGAGCCUACUGUGCACCAGCUAUGAACCAAAAGGUCUUUGUUCUGCUAUGGACUUCAUGCGUGGAUUUGGAGACAAAAUAGACAAAUUAUUACUUUGCAAGUUUUUCGGCUUAGUGAAUCAAGUUUUCGUGCCUUCAGACCACAGAGGGGGCAGGCAGGACAUCCAAGACUCUGCUGCAAUCUUCACAAUUCAUCCAGAGAGCAUCAAACUCACGAGCAGACUGAGGCUGCCCCAGGAGGUAUUUUCUCAGCCUUCGGAAAACACCAGCUAUAAAAGAAAGCUGGAUUUACCAAGACGUCAACCAGCAGCCAGCACAGGACAAAGUGCCCAGGUCUCCCAAACAACGUUUCCUAAUAAGCAGCAGCUUAGAGCCUCUCUUUGGUGUCAAUUGACAUGGCUCAGCUAUAUCAGCACAAUGGAUACCUUACCAGGAAUCACAUCCUUCUUUCAAAUAGAUUAACAAUCUGUUCUGUGUAAUAUGCGUACAUUUUUCAGUAAUACAAAUAUAAAAAGUGUUAAAAUAAUUACCU